AUGGAGAAAAAGAAUACUCCCUCCCAACGAAAUCCCACGGCACGUUCAGCAAAAGAUGCCGGUGGUCUCAACCCGGACGAAAUAUCGCGAGUCGACGCAUCGUAUGAUCAUGCAAUCGGCACUGUCAGUGAUUUGGAGAAACACAAGAUAGUCGAAGGAGAAGCAAAAUUCCGCCGCCUUGGAUGGAAGCGGAUGGCCGUGAUCCUCCUUGUCGAGGCCAUAGGAUUGGGGACAUUCAGCCUUCCCAGUGCAUUUGCAACGCUUGGCCUCGUUGCGGGCAUUAUCUGCUGCGUUGGCCUUGGAUUUGUGGUCAUCUAUACAGGGUAUCUCGUCGGAAUGGUCAAGGUCCGUUAUCCGGAAAUCCAUCAUUAUGGAGAUAUCGGCGGCCUGGUCAUGGGGCGACCUGGACAAGAGCUGGUGGGCAUCUUGUACGUGCUUCAGCUAAUUUUAAUGACGGCAUCAUUUUGCCUCACGGGUACGAUUGCAUUCAAUACCCUCUCCGAGGAAGGUGCCUGCGGCCUAGUUUUCGGCGUCGUCUCAGCUAUUCUCUUGUUUCUCUUUGCAAUUGCACCAUCCUUCGCUGAAGCCGCCAUCUUAGGCUACAUCGACCUCGCCUCUGUGACUAUAACUAUUGGCAUUGUUAUCAUAGGAUCCGGAAUUGAAGCAUCAAACUCCCCUGGCGGAGUCACUGGACAGAAUUGGUCCGCAUGGCCAGCUCAAGGCGCCACAUUCAAGGAUGGAAUGGUCGCGAUAUGCAAUAUCAUGUUCGCCUACAGUUUCAGCAUGUUUAUCACACCUUUCAUGUCUGAGAUGCACACGCCGGAGGACUUUAUGAAGUCUGUCUGGACCUUGGGAAUCAUUGAAAUGGUCGUUUAUACCCUCAUCGGCUCACUUAUCUUCGUUUUCGUCGGCGCCGAUGUCCAGAGUCCUUCCCUACUAUCCCUCACUGGAGUGCUUCCCAAGGUGGCGUUCGGUGUCGCUCUACCGCUGAUCUUUAUCUCCGGAGCCAUUGGCAAUACCGUCACUGCGCGAUAUGUUCAUCUCCGCAUGUACAAAGAUUCUAUUGUUCGCUUCAUCAAUACGCCAAAGGGAUGGAUUACAUGGAUUAUCACUCUCGCCAUCAUCACCAUCGUUGCCUGGAUCUUAGCGGAAGCUAUUCCCUUCUUUGACGACCUUCUGGCACUGAGCUCUGCUCUUCUCAUCUCCGGAUUUGUCCUUUACUUUCCACCCGUCAUGUGGUUCAAACUUCUUCGCGAGGGCAAAUGGUAUGCUCCGCACAACUUGCUCAAUACGGUUUCCUGCAUCUUGGUAUUUCUAAUGGGUAUGUUGGUUCUCGGUGGAGGAACGUACGCCAGUGUUCAGGAUAUCAGACAUCAUUAUGACAUUGGUGCUGUCCGGACCCCCUUCUCAUGUUAA